AUGGCCCAUUCUCCGGCCCAGAAGAACGCCGACUUUCCCAUGCACGGGGAGUGCGCAGAGAACUGGUGGCGUUAUAUCUGCUGUCCAACCAAAGCCAUGCCACAAAAUUUUGAGCCGAAUGAUAUAGAAGAUGAUCCGGGCACUGAUCCCUACGGGUUCGUCAUGCUGGAUGGACCCCCAGGCUCGAUCGACAAUGCCUUUGAUGCUCAGUACACCAUCGUGACCCGCGAUGAAGAAUCAUGGAUGGCCACAGAUAACGAGGAUCCAGGAAACGGGGACUCUAAUAACAAGGGUUCUGAGUGA